AUUGGCGUUCAAUUUGGUUCUAAAUCUCGUCGCGUGUGGUGCAUGGAGCCGCAGCUGUUCUCCUCCGUUCUCCGCCAUGGUACUGCUGAAAGUGAUCAAGUAUCUAGUGGGCUGUGUGGCGCGUGUCUGCCAUGAGUUGUCCCAGAACAUGACAUCCCUCAACAAAAUGUUUAAAUAUCAUUUGUUGGAGGUCUCUUAGUCUUAAGAAUCGCGCACUUAGACAUAUCGUGUGGAAAUUCUACUGAAUUUGUUGUUGUUUGAGAGCCAGUUUGUUGCUCAAGCAAGUCUUUUGUUAUGGAAUCCAUAAAUAAAAAAAAAAAAACCAAUCC